UUUUAAAGCAAAUAUGCAAUUUAUUUACCAAAUUCAAUCACAGAUCUUGGUGGUCUGCAUAGCCAUGACCUUCUUUGGCAUUUACUGCAUUAGAUGUCUCUUCUCUUCCAAAGGACAUUUGGCUAUUACUUUUUCAAGAUGAGCUGUUUCACCUCACACACUGCUCCUCAAGGAACAAACACUUCCCCCCAAGACAGCCUGGAGAUGGUCAUCCCUGGGAAAAGGAUCCAUGAUGUAAUUUCUCCACAGGGGUUUCUUUACAAGCAGCCCAGCAUAUCAGGGGAGCGCACUGAUGUGCUGACAGUCACACCGUGGUUGGCACCCGUUGUCUGGGAAGGUACCUUUGACCCGAUGCUUAUUGACGCCAUAUACAAGCCGAUGAAUCUCACCGUCGCAGCGACCGUAUUUGCUGUGGGAAAGUAUAUCAUGUUCCUUCAAGGCUUUCUAGAAUCGGCAGAGCGACACUUCCUGGUUGGGUUUAGAGUGCAUUACCACAUUUUCACCGACGAGCCAGAGAAAGUGCCGCCGCUGACCCUGGCUGCUGGGAGACAAAUCAUAGUACACAAAGUGCACAAGUUAAACCGCUGGCAGGACAUCUCAGCUUCUAGAAUGCAGUUAAUCCAGAAAGUUAUUGAGGAUCGGGUUCACCGAGAGGCCAUUUACAUGUUCUGCCUCGAUGUGGACGCAAAGUUCUAUUCCCGUUGGGGUGCUGAGGCGCUGGAGUUACUUGUGGCCCAAAUGCACUCUUGGUUCUAUCGGGAGCAGCGCCAUGGCUUCACGUACGAGCGGAACCCAGCAUCUAAAGCCUACAUUCCCAAUGGAGAGGGAGACUUCUAUUAUGCAGGAGCCUUGUUUGGUGGCAGUGUUGGGGAAGUAUACAAACUGGCCAAGAUGUGCCACAGUCAUCUAGAAAUAGACCGUGCCAACGGUAUCGAGGCGCUGUGGCAGGAAGAAAGCCACCUGAACUGGUACCUCUUGCACAACAAACCCUCCAAAGUUCUUUCCCCAGAGUACAUGUGGGACAAUAAAAAAGGACAACCUGGUGAAAUAAAGGUUAUUCGCUUUUCGCAGGUCCCGAAGAACUACAAGGAAGUGAGGGAAAAUGCAUAGGGGUUGAAACGGACACCAAGUGAAUACGUUUUUAUUUAAAAUCAAACAAGUGGGAAAACGUACUGUAGGUAUCUUGAAAAAAAUUGGAACUUAAAUGUUUGUAACACUAAACGCUAGUGUAUAUGCAUAAGACAAACAAACAAACAAACACACGCACCCAGGAUGGAACGCUACUCCAAGUGGGAUUCAAAUC